CCUUUUUUUUUUUUUUUUUUUUUCUUUGCGUAAUUUUUUGAGAGGGAAUUAGAAGUCAACAAAAAGUUUUUUUCAUAUUUUGGAACUUCUUCUUUUAUUUAAUAAAACUUAAAUGGUCAACUACGUUUUGUUCGAGACAGCCUCCGGCUAUUCUCUUUUUGAGCGUCUUCAAUCUGAAGAGAUCGGAUCCAAGUUGGAAUCUGUUCAAAACUCCAUUGCUGAUCUCUCCAAGUUCAGUAAAAUGCUCAAGCUCAAGUCCUUUGCUCCCUUCAAGAAUGCUGCUGACGCUUUAGAGAAUGCUAACGAUAUUUCUGAAGGUAUUGUUAACCCUUCAUUAAAGGCUUUCUUGGAAAUGAACCUUCCCAAGGCUGAUAAAAAGUCAAAGGUUGUUCUCGGUGUCACCGAAAAGAACUUGGCUGGUGCCAUCAAGGCCGAACUCAAGGUUGAAUGUGUUUCCGAUGAAAUGGUUCAGGAAUUGAUCCGUGGCAUUCGUCUUUGGGCCGACAAGUUGUUGGGUCAAUUGAAGUCUGGUGAUUUAGAAAGAGCUCAACUCGGUCUCGGUCACAGUUAUUCUCGUUGUAAGGUCAAGUUCAAUGUUAACCGUGCCGAUAACAUGAUCAUUCAAGCCAUUGCUUUAUUGGAUCAAAUGGACAAGGAUGUCAACACCUUUGCUAUGCGUGUCAAAGAAUGGUACUCUUGGCAUUUCCCCGAGAUGGUCAAGAUUGUUAGCGAUAACUACAAAUACGCUAAGCUUAUCAAGGUCGUCAAGAACAAGUCUGAUCUCUCUGAAGAGAACAUUGAAGCCAUGGCUGAAAUCGUCGAUGGUGAUGAAGCUAUUGCUCAACAAAUCUUAGAUGCCGCUCGUGCCUCCAUGGGUACUGAUAUUUCUCCCAUUGAUAUGAUCAACAUCCAAAACUUUGCUGACCGUGUCAUCAGUCUUGCUGAAUACCGUAAGAAGCUCCACGGUUAUCUUGUCACCAAGAUGAACUAUGUUGCUCCUAACUUGGCUGCUUUGAUUGGUGAAGUUGUUGGUGCUCGUUUGAUCUCUCAAGCCGGUUCUUUAACUAACUUGUCUAAAUACCCUGCUUCCACUCUCCAAAUUUUGGGUGCUGAAAAGGCUCUUUUCAGAGCUUUGAAGACUAAGGGUAACACUCCCAAGUACGGUUUAAUCUACCACUCUUCUUUCAUUGGUCGUGCCGGUCAAAAGAACAAGGGUCGUAUCUCUCGUUAUCUUGCUAAUAAGUGUACAAUCGCUUCUCGUAUCGAUUGUUUCUCUGAUAACCCCACUGAUAAGUUCGGUCAAGCACUCAAGAAGCAAGUUGAGGAACGUCUUCAAUUCUUCGAUAGCGGUGCUCUUCCCGAGAAGAACAUUGACGUCAUGAAGAAGGUUAUGAAUGAUUUGGACUUGGAUAUGGAGGAAGCUCCUGUUGCUGUCGUUGCUGGUAAGAAGAGAGCCCUUUCUGACGAUGAGGAAGAGAAGGCCCCUAAGAAGGCAAAGAAGGAGAAGAAGGAAAAGAAGGAGAAAAAGGAAAAGAAGGAGAAGAAGGAGAAGAAGAACAAGGCUUAAAAAAUAGAUAUAAAACCUUCAAAAGAAAAAAAAAACAUAUAUAAUUAGUACAUAAAUUUGAUUUUAACACACCAAACAUUCAUCUUCCCAUUUUAUAUACACUUUUUUUUUUUUUAAAUCUUUCUCCCCACACUCACAAAAUCACUCAAUCACUCACACACUACUCUAUCUCACUCACACACUACCACCACCCCGCAUGUUCAUAUCGAAUCUUUUUUUCUUGUUUAAAUAUAAUAAAAUGCUGCUACGUUCCUGUUGUACCAUAAA